AAAAUGGUUUCAGACAAUUUUUAAUCCACAGAUUAUAAAAUUAAAAUCUGAAGUCAAGGAAAAAAUCUGUUUCAUUGAGAUCAACGUCUGUAAAAUCAGAGAAAACAAAAUAAAAUCGAGUGAUGCCUAAGUCUUAGAUACAAAUAAUUUGGGAAAUAAAGUUCUCCAAAGGAAUUCAUGUUUCCUAAAACAAAAGACAUGAUUAAAAAAUAAAAUAAAUCUAUAUUUUUGUGCCAAAUUCUUAUCUUGAUGAAAUCCAUUUAAGGCCAAACCUCUUUUCUGGGUGAUGUUACCUGUUUGUUGUUCUUUUUUAAAACGUUUUUAUAAUAAAUAUCCUAAAGAAAAGAAUAUACAGAUUUUAUUCACAGUUUGAUCUGAAAUAUUUGAUCCAGAUUAACCCAACUGUGUGUGUGUGUGUGUGUGUGUGUGUGUGUGUGUGUGUGACUGUGAGAGUGAAUGCUGUUUCCUUUCUAGGUUUUGUUCUUUAUCAUGUCAGAGUUGGUGUUUAGUCUUGUGAUUACAUUAAUGAUGAUGAUGGUGACGCCCACCCAGCUGGUCAUGUGACCUACUUCCUGUUGGGGGUCUUUAAACUCGCCCAUCACCAGCCAGACAGGAAUACAGCUGGAGUUCCAGAAGAAGGAGCUGAUCCAGCAGCAGAGGAUUGUGGGAGUUGCGGUGCAGAUUCUUCUCCUUGUUCUGUCGCAGCAGGAGGAUGUUCGGGGCGUUCUUGUUCUGCUGUUGGUGCUUCAGUCUGCUGCGACUCUCCUCCUCUCUUGUUCAUGGAAACCUCCAACUGGAUGAGGGUCCGUUUGCUGGCCACAGAACCGAUACCGCCUACCUGCCUGACAUGGAGAGAAGCCACGCCCCCAGCCAGGUGAACCCUGCCCUCCUACCUGAAGACUCAGAGGAGGAUCGCUUUUUGAUGGAGGCAGGAUCAAACAAUGAGGACUCGUCUGCAGCGCUGCAGCUGCAGGGUCGAGCCACACGCUCGCCACGCCGCUGCAUCCCUCACCAGCAGUUCUGUCUGGGCUACUCGCUGCCCUGCUGUGACCCCUGUGACACCUGCUACUGCCGAUUCUACAACGCCAUCUGCUACUGUCGUCCUGUCGGCCACACCUGCAUGACCAGACGCACCUGAUGACACGCCUGCAGAGGCCUUCAGACUGAGACAAGCUGUGUUUCUGUGUUUUUCAAUAAAUAUGGUUUUGUGAAAUAAACUAAAAACGUAUUCAGAUCAACUCAAUUGAGCAAAUGUGAUAAAAACGAGGUUUUAGUGUGAGAAACAAAUGAAUUUAAGGCAAAGUUCAAGUUUU